AUGGUCCAGUCCGAAAAACGGUUGCUCUGGCACCCGCGCGGGGAGAAUAGGUUCAUCGUCGGAGGGGCCUCACAGAUCACACUGUAUGAAUGGUCGCCUACUGAAUUGACCAUUCGACAUGUUACUUCACAGCAGGACCUUCAGUCUAUGAAGUGCUUUGCAUGGUCGCCACAUCCCUCCUACGACGACUUGCUCGCGAUCGGCCUGAAUACAGGUCGUGUAGAUCUCAUGCGGCUCGAAUCGAUGCGCUAUGGAAAGGAACAUGUCCUGGGACGCGGGCCAUAUGUCAGCCUCCCUGCGAAGAGCCAACGCGCCUGUACGUCCCUAGCCUUCUGCCCUGUCGCCCCCAACUAUCUCGCCGUUGGAAUGGACAAAGCUCGCGGAGAAUCAAGCCUUGUCAUUUGGGACAUCCAAUCUACCACCACGACCCUCUCUCUGAACACCCCUCCAUCCACCGACCCCCCAACCGUGACCUCAUCUCCAUCACCUGCUCGCGCUAUCACGCCUCAAACCCCGCCCUCUGCUUCCUCGUCAACCCGUGUUUAUCCACCUAUACCCCGCGUCGACUUUGGGCCCCGCAGUGAUCCCCGCAUCCUGCAAGCAUACGCGGCUGCUGAGUCGGUCCAUAGCAUCACAUGGCUUCCUCAGAGUACCCAGUUGCUCGCUGCUGGCAUAUCGCACCGCUCCCUGCGACUGUUCGAUCUUCGCUCGUCGACUCCUCCUACGACGGCCCCGGUGGUCGGGCGCAUACAUUCACUCGUCUCCGAUCCGCACAAUCCACACCGUUUGGCAGCUGCCGGAGACGGCAUUGUCACGCUCUGGGACGCGCGCAAGCUCCUGUCCCCACUCCUUAGCUUCUCUGCACAUGAUGUGCGCUCCGACGGGGCUCGUGAUGCGAAUGUUGGCGUCACGCAGCUUGAGUUUUCUCACUCGCGGAGUGGGGUGCUGGCGACGCUCGAACGCGACGCUUCCCACAUCCGAUUUUGGGAUAUACUGAGAUCGGAAGCCGUAGACGCGAGUCCUCCGUCAAGCGCGAGGCUGAUAUCGAAAGAGCUGCCCUCGCAGGGGUCGGGCUCGGGCGGAAAGUCAGGCAAACUUUCGUGGGCGAACCCAACGAAUAUGCUCCCGUGGAGCGGAUCAACAGGCUCAAGCGCUUCAAAUGAGCCCCAGCAAUCGAUUCCCUACAACCUCGUUCUAGCAGACACGCGCAAAUCGAAACGCUUCGGCCACCCGCUCGCGUCCUUCGCGCUCAUGCCAAACGAGCGCCCUAACCCGCUCGCAUCUUCUAUAAUGGUCGUCAAUAAGGACGGCGACCUCGAAAUGUUCUCAGUCCACGACACUCCAUCGCACGCGCCUUGGAGCUCGCGCGGCACACUCGCCAUCGCAGCUGGGGCGUCUUACCGUGUCUUCGCUGGAAUACCUGCCGGUGACCCGCCUCCUGAGCCGUGGACGCUGACCAUGGCAAGCGAAGUCCCACCUGACCCGUUGGGCUCUCGCGCGGCCAGCGCGCAUCCGACCACAGAUGGUACAGAACGCGGGCGUGGCCGGCCUUCGCUCGCGCCGAUGUUUGGCCGCGGGGACGAAGACGGAUUCCCCGCACUCGAGUCGUCGUCUGGAAGGCCUUCUCCACGUGCCGUGCCUGUGCACCUACACCCAGAGAAGCCGAAGGGGAUGCAUGCAAAGGGCACACCCUACAGCCCUUCGAUCCGCAGUCAGCCGAACUCCCCGCGUAUGAAGGCGGGCGCGGCAGUAACGGGGGAAUCCCCAAAUAUAUUGCUGACGGAUGCAUCGAAGAGUAAGAGUGUCUCGAGGGUGAGGAGUAGGGUGCGCCGCAAGGCUGCGGACAGAAUCCAGAGCAUCGUCGAAGAGGAUGUGACGGUUGUCAUGCGGCGGCGAGUUGCGCAGGGAUAUGGGCUCGCCAACCCUGCGCAUAACAUGACAAUCUUGCGGAAUGAACAAGAGGAUGGAAAAACACUUGAGGAAGUGUGGUAUUGGGUCGAACGCGAGUCUCAUGCACGUCGGCUUCUCAGUGGCCCAGCGUCUCGAUUCAAUGGAUAUAAUUUCUCUACGCAGGGUAUACUCGGAAUCUGGGAGGGCUUCCCAUCAUCAAGCGCUAGCGCUCCCGCCACAGUCCACUCCUCACCAGCGCCUCCUACUAAAUCGCUCCUCGACCCGGUAGAUCCAGAAAAGGUUGCGCAUACACGCUCCCGCCGCGGAAGGCAGCGCACGGAGGUGCUCUCUGAGUUUGGAGCUGCUAUAUUGGUGCUCUGUGCGUAUCAUGGUCUCGACAUCCUCGAACGCGACUCGUGGAAGCCGGCAGCGGCGACGAACAAGCUUGUUCAGCGACGGUUUGCGCUGGAGCUAUGUGGUUGGAGUCUGAGAGAGGAAGAUAUUGCAGUGACAAUCGAUAACUGGGAGAAGCAAGGGAGGUAUUCGCAGGCGGCUUGUUGGCUUGUGUUCAUCACUGAGUAUAACAAGGCAGUUGACCUUCUCAUGCGGAGUAAAGACGAAGCUCAUCACAUGAUGUCCGGUACUCUGGCUGCCCUCGCACCGACGAGCUCGACGAAUAGCAAGACGCCCGAGUUUCUCGCACACUGUGAACGCCUCAUCGUGCGACUCGAGGACCCUUACUUCCGCGCGAUGCUGACCUGCCUCGCUUUGGGAGACUGGUCGGAAGUCCUUGAGGAGGAUGCGCUUCCGCUGCGCGAGCGGCUUGCUGUAGCACUACAAUUCCUGGACGACAGCGCGCUUUCCGCCUUCUUGCGACGCAUCGCCGCACGCACGGCGGCACGGGGCGACCCUGCCGGGCUCGUCGUCACUGGGCUUUCACGUGCAGGGCUCGACGUGCUGCAGGGCUACGUCGACUCUACGGGCGACGUCCAGACCGCGGCGCUGCUGGGCGCUCACGUGCACCCGCACCAUGUGCGCGAUCCGCGUGUCGAGCGCUGGCUCGCGGCGUACCGCGAUCUGCUCGACGGAUGGAGGCUGUUCCACUACCGGUGCCAAUUCGACGUCGAGCGCGGGCAGAUGAUGCAAGAGCUCGUGCGAGCGGGCGAGAUUGAGCGCGUGGAAGUUGUGCCCCCGCAGAUCCUGAUUCGGUGUAAUUACUGCAGCAAGGUGAUUGGCACGCCACAGGAAUCUGCAGGCGCAAGCCGAGUGCGUUGGACUGUCCUUUCCUUUGUAUUUGUCGCGUUGCUGAAUUUGUUCACUUCCGUUGUAGUCAACGGUGUGUCCUUCGUGUAA